AUGGGGACCGGCGUCGGCCGUUGCUUGACGUCGGUCCUGCUCCUGGGUCCGGUGACUGGAUUGAUUGGAGCUGAACCAUGGCAAUCACCACAUGUUUUAACGAAGCUUUGGGACAAGCAGACCCUGGCGUCCUUUUCAGUCUCGCAGCUGCAAGCCUUUGCCGCGCUGGCAUGCGGUCACUGUCCCCUGCUCUCGCGCGCUGUGCGCUGCACACGCCGAAGUGCUCCCAACUGCCCAAGUGGUCCCAAGCCACCAGAGUCCUGGAAACACCAGGCGUUCGCCUAUUUGAGGGAGGAAGCCGCUUUGUCCCAGAGACAAGUACGAGCUAUGAUGAGGCAUGUUUGGUCUAACUACGAGCAACGUGCCUUUGGCAAAGACGAGCUCAAACCUAUUUCAGGCCGUGGAACUGACAGCUGGGGUGGUCUGGGGCAAACAUUGGUGGAUUCACUGGACACUCUGUGGCUCAUGGGGUUUCACGAGGAGUUUAACCGAGCAGCCGAUUGGGUAGAAAGCCACCUGGACUUUAACAAGAACUUGAAUGUCAACUAUUUCGAGACGUCGAUUCGCCAUUUGGGCGGUCUCGUCUCAGCCUUUGUCCUCAGCAGCCGUCCCGGCCUCCUUGGAAAGGCCACGGAUCUGGCCGGGAGGCUUGCUCCCAUUUUUCCGAGUCCUCGAAGCGACAUGAGCCGAAUGGACAUCUCCCUCUCCGAGUUGACUUCAGCGGGGAAGCUGCAGGAGUGGUUCGAUGGAGCCAAGCGGUUCCUGCACCAAGUCUUCGCCGACAUCGCUGAGGAGUUCUCUUUUGGAGAGUAUGCAGACUUUGAUCUAGGUAAUCUAGGUCUGGGAGCGGAAGAUCCGUCGGGACACUUCGCCAACGACGACAAGAAUGCAAGGAAGGAUCUCACAGUCCUUCCUCUGUCUGACAUAAACUUGCAAACCGGCAAGGCGAACGACCUUGCGGGGUACCUGUCAUUGGCUGAAACCUACGUACCGCUCGAGUGGAAAGCGCUGGCGCUCCUCACUUCCAACUGCAGCUAUGCGGUGCACCAAGACCAGGUCCUUCAUGUUCUGAACGAGAGCACUGACCUGGAGUCGAGAGGAUAUGCUGCAAUUUUGCUGAAGAAGAAUGGAUAUGUCCAUGGAAUGCAGGACAACCGCAUUUCACUUGGAAGCCGCGGUGACUCGUUCUACGAGUACUUGCUCAAGGACGCGAUCUUCUUAGGGGCGCAUGCAAAUCCACUAACUCGAAGCGUGUGGGGGACCUUUCGUGCCAAGCUGCGCCAUCUUCUCGUGGAAGUCGACAUGCCCAG